UUUUGUUUUGUUUUAGUGUAAUUUAUCAAAAAUCACAUUCACACGACAAUUACGGGUACAAGUUUACAGCUAUCAUUUUACAAAUGUAAGAACAUCACACAUUUGUCUUACUAAAAAAAUGUGAAAACCCAUGACAAGUCAUUAUUGGGAAAAUGUAAAUGAAGACUUAGAGAUCCUUGGUCAUACACAUAGACUGUAUAUAUUAUGGACAACUUGGUUCCGCCUCCCGCCAGUAUACGGAUUUGAAGCCAAAAAGCUCUUGGUAAUUCCACAUUUUUUCUCCACUUCCUGAAACCAACAUUGCACAGUAGUGUUGUACGCACUCCACCACUUGCACAGUAGUGUUGUACGCAUUCUGCGGGAGAGUCACCGAGAGUGGCUGUGAUGACGCUCGGCUCAAACAGCGUAUCCCCACAGGUGUAUCUUCGUACACCCAUAGGCUGUAUCAAGUGACAAUCAUAGAAAACAUGAACCCCCUAAUAACGUCUAAAAAUGGAGCUGCACAGAAAAAGUACAGUAACUACAUCACAACCAGGGGGGAGAAAUAUUUGUGUUCUGUGGAAUAAAUUUCUAAAGUUUGUCCACAGCUUCAUAUGGAUUGCUGGAGGAGGCGGGAUUUAUGACCUAUACUGCAGCCCGUCACCAGAGGGUGCUGUUUUCGGAACGGCUUCACCCAGCGAGGAGGCAGAUGCUGUCCAUUCUUUAUACAGUCUAUGGUCAUACAUUAUGUCAUUCAAACUCUCUUGUUUUGUUUUAUUUAUUCAAGUAUCACGAGGUCAGACCAUUUUUACUGUACAGUGCUGUAUCAUUAAAUUAUCUGACAUAUUUCAUACAGCUUACUGUAGCUUCUCUUUCUCACAUCCAGACUAACCCCUCUGGACUUCUGUGCUGAGUUGUGGCGCUCUCUCACACUGUAAAAGUCAACAGCUUUUAUUUUGAAGAGCCUCUUUCCGGUUCUUGUGUCGCUGGCUCCGCCUUUGGUUGGCUUUAUAAAGCAGCGAUGUCUCAUGGCAGAUCAGCGGCCAGCCCUGAAAGUCGGAGCGGCGAGAAAAGUACGCCGUGCUCUUUGUUACUGUAAAACUGGUUCCACCUCCGCGACGUCGUUAACAUGAGAAAGAAACUUCUUCACUGACCGCCGGGAAGUGAAAUUUCGGCGAAGGGUCAGUUGUGCCGUUCCCUUCCUGGAACUUCAGCCAGUCCAGCAGCCGUUCAGCUCCGACCACACCCUCCCUGCUUCCUCAUACUGCAGCGGGAGCGCGCAGCACGACUUUGAAUCCCCGGGAAUAACGGCCCUUUCCUCGGCUACCUUUGGGAUUUCAUGUUCGGGGAACUAGACGAAACAUGUGAGUUGACUGUCCAAAGACUUUUGAGCGGUUAUGGCGCUGAAAAGCAAGUGUCAGCAGGGGCUAUGCGGGGCUUCACAUUCUCUGGUCCCGUGUCAAGACGCCUAGAGGAAGAGGAGGAGGAGGAGGAGGAGGGCGGACAGAAGGACGAUGCAUAUGGAGUCCAAGCGACUGCAGCAUUCGCUAGCUUCUAACCCGGGGCUGUGUUUGAAAAAGAAGAGGUUAAAAGUGGAUGGAGGAGUUUGUGCUGUUGGAAAGUCGGGCUCCCGGUCUUAAACUCUGGGGGACUCAUGAAACGAUGGUGCUGAAGGGAAACACGAGUCUUCCCGCUGUCCAGGAGAACUGCCCGGGUGGUGCCCCGUUUGUACCCAGCAUGAGAAUACCAGGCCGGUCAAAGUCAUUGGAAGCAAGUCGGACAAGACGUCGGUGCUUUUUCAGGCUGCUUACCCUGUCAAGAGUGGACCUAAAAUGACAUCCUAUUUAUUAAUGUAAAGAAAAAAAAAGAGCGAAGAAUCGAUCAAGCUAAUGUUGAGGGAUGUUUUUCUCUGCUAAAAAAGACCCAAAGAAAAGACAUCUAGUGUUAAAUAGCAGGAAAGGAUCAGCAGAUGUCAUAAAUCAGGAAUGUGAUCUCCUUUAUGAAAAGAAAUGCAGCUUUUGACUUUGAACAGCUCUCAGUCUGCACUUUGCCUGUUUGGAGGCACCCUGGCACUGCAUUUGGUGUGAUUUCUUCUUAAAGUUCACAGCCUGUGAAGUUUUUUUCUGUUUGACCAAAACUGGGACUGGGAUUAGAUUAACCACAUCUGUAUUUUGCUGGCAUUUAUGUUCAUCUAAAGAGAUAAGAGCAUUUUAUACUGAUAAUUUUAAGGCAAUCCACCAGAAAUAUGCCUGACAGAAGUUCAGUCUCUUAUUGUAAGAAAAUAUUCUGGAUGUUAUUGACUCAAAGUAAUGCAGUUAGCGAGUUUGACUCUUUCUACGUGUUUACAUGAAGAAUAUAUAUAUUCUGUGUGUACAGCUGAUGACCCAUACUCUGAAGGAAUUUAAGGAAGACUGUUUGGCCAGUUGACUUUCUCAAAGUUUGUGAAAAGCAGUUCAGGCUUAGCUUGGAAACAGUACCAUGUAAUGUGCAGCACCCUAAAAAGCAUAAAUAAGUGAACUGAGUAACCCUCCCACCCUCACCCACCCCCCUCCUUAUUAUGGCUAGUGGUGGCUCUGGCAAAUCUGCAAGUGAGGGAUCACCCAGCACACCUAGUGGCAGUUUGCAGCAAAGGAAGCGUCUCUCGUCCAUCUGUGACAAUUGUAAAAGCAAGAUGCAGCUGGUGGCUGAUCUCCUCCUUCUGUCCAGCGAGACUAGGCCAGUCAUGACCUCCGAGGGGGUAGCUGUAGCAGACACCUUUGACCAGUGCCGGGACACAGUCAUAGCCCGGACCAAAGAGCUCUCUAUUCUUACACAUGACAUUCAGAGCCAGCUCAACAUGGGCCGCUUCACAGAAGUGGGAGACCGUCUUUUGGAAAUGGCCGACCUAGUGGUUUCUUUGACCGAGUGCUCGGCCCAUGCCGCUUACCUAGCGGCGGUGGAGACCCCCGGCUCUCAGCCCUGCUCACCAGGUUUGGUUGACCGCUACAAGGUGACUCGCUGCCGGCAUGAAGUGGAGCAGAGCUGCAGCAUCCUACGAGUCACGUCUCUUCCAGACCUCACCCCCCAGCUUCUCCUCGAGCUGUCUCAGAACAUCUCUAUCAACCUCAAGAACCUGACAGACAUUUCGUCUCUGGCAAGUGAAAGGUCCAGAGAUCGCUUUGCGAAAGAGCAGUUCAAGCUGAGCGUCAAGAGCAUGAGCACAAGUGGAACAGCCUUUCUGGCGUGUGUUAAGGAGGUGAAAACACAGCCCAGUGAGCUGACCAGAAAUCGCUGCGUUCUCUUUGGCGCUGCUCUGGUCCAGGCUGUGAGCGCCCUGGUUGGGUUUGCCACAGAGCCUCCUUUCCUGGGAAGAGCUGCGAGUAUCUCCAAUGAAGGGAAAGGGGUACAGACUGCAGUGUUAGGGGGAGCCAUGAGUGUGGUUUCAGCCUGUGUUCUCCUCACUCAGGGCCUAAGGGACGUUGCACAGCAUCCUGAGAGCAGCUCCAAAAUGGCAGACUACCGCGAGCGGCUGCGUAAUUCGGCGUGCGCGGUGUCAGAUGGCUGCACUCUGCUCACUCAGGCGCUCCGAGAACGCUCCUCUCCAAGGACUCUGCCACCAGUCAACUCUCAUUCUGUGAAUUAAAUUAGGAAGAGGCAGCAUGAGCUCCACGCCCUCUGUCCUAUUCUGACAUACCAAAGAGACUCGGCAGGGUGCUCCCUGUUCAUCAGGUUUGUCCUCUAAGUAUCAUCAGAUGAAGCUGUCUGUGUUUCUGUUCAUGUGGUCGAAGAAGGGUAGAGAGUAGGGGAGAACUAAACACCUCCACGGGGUUUGAUGUCGCGCUGGAUGUGAAUCAAACCUGCACAGAAGAGAGAGAGAGAGAGCCACUGAGGAUUCUGGGCCUGACCCGGGUCCAGCUGACAGACAGCAGCCUUCAAACCUGAAAAGUUUACCUCAGUUUUCUACUUCGGUGAAAACACCAGCCUUGAUGAUGGAUGUAGCCUUGCUGUGUGAACCUAUGGUUGGCUGACCUACUCAAUUCCAUGUGCUUGUGAGAUUUGAUCGAGUGAUCCGAGUGUCUCAGUGGGUUUUUUGCGUGUGUGUGAGCGUGUGUUUUUUUUUUUUUUUUUUUUUGUAUUCCUAAUUUCUAAAAGCUGCUGUGAGUGUGUGCCAUAGGUUUUACACUAUUUACCAGACUUCCUUAGUAUUUUCAAGUGUUUUUGAACAUGCAUGUAAUGGAGUAUUUAUUUCAACUAUUAAAAAUGAUGUUUCUAAUGUUACUGGGAAAA